UCGCACUUGUCCGAGCGGAACCGCGUACUAAGUCCGUUCGUUCAAACAACGCACGUGAUUGAGAAUGGACUCGUCUAGUGUAGAUGUAUCAAUUCUACAAAUAAUCUGAACUGUGUGGUUUAUACUCAGUGCUUAAGCAUAGCAUAUGGCAAUUUACACUCGUAUAGUGGUAUUUGUUUUAAUUAGUUGGCGAGGAGUACGGUACCGGAAGUCGCAACUAUGAUUUCCACAAAAGUCCUUGUGGUUGGGGCAGGUAUAGCCGGUUUGUCUGCGGCUUGUCUUCUCCAAGAGGCGGGAAUUACAGACGUGGUUAUUCUAGAGGCGUCAGAUAGAAUCGGAGGCCGUAUCCACACAGUGAUGCUAGGGGACGAUGGCAUGCCUAUUGAAAUGGGAGCUAACUGGAUCCACGGCUGUUCCCUUGAUAACUCUGUGUUUGCCAUUGCUGAUCAAAUAGGAGCGAUAACUCCGUAUCGACUUAUUAAUAGGGCUAGUUCCCGGUUCAUGAGAGAAGACGGGUCUGAGAUAGAAAGAGAAACUGUUCUUAAGGCGUAUUACAUGUACAAAACAGUAGAGCGCGAAAUGCACGACAUGAUGAGACAAUUGAAAGCAGAAAGUGGAAAGCAACAGUUUAUCCCACUCAAUCAUUAUCGACGUUUGUUGGAAAAAGAAAGGGAUUUGCAAAAGACGGAUAAUAAUAUUGAAGACAUCAUCCGAGUUCAUAACGCUUUAUUGAAUUAUGUUCGCUUUCACGAGGGCAAUGAGUUAGAAGAAGUAGCAUGGGAGGGAGGCUCUAUGUGGGCUAUACCGGAAGGAGGGGAUGUACAUCUUCCCUAUGGGUACCACCAAGUCCUCCAGUAUCUUGUUCGCAAGUUACCAGUAAAUUUGGUGAAGCUUAACUCAGCGGUCGUUAAAAUUGCAUAUGGGGGAAAUGUGCGGAAUAAGAAAGUACAUGUAAACACUACAAAUGGUGAACAAUAUGAGACGGACCAUGUUGUCAUUACCUGUUCCAUCGGAUACCUUAAGAAGCAUUGCAACUCGCUGUUUGAGCCGCCUUUACAUAUGGAAAAAGUGCGCACCAUUAAUUCAAUGGGGAUGGGGCGAGUAAACAAGAUUUUCCUUCAGUUUGAGUCGCCUGUUACAUCGCCAUCGUUCAAGAAUAUUGUUUUCGCAUGGAAUGACACGGAUGUAAAGCAAGACAAAAGUGCUUGGUUCAAAAGAAUAUUUGGGUUUGACCAAGUAUUUACGAAGGACAACACCAUUCUUGGUUGGGUUGCUGGGGAAGGUGCGGAAUAUAUGGAAGAUCUGAGUGACGAGGAGAUUGGGAACACAUGUGUGAAGAUUUUGAAGCAGUUUAUGGGACGCGCAGACCUCCCGCGGCUGAAGGCGAUCCGUGUAUCCCGGUGGUGCUCCAACCCGUACACGCUGGGUUCGUAUUCCCAUCAGACCGCCAGGCUGACACCGGGGGAACAAGAGGACCUGGCCAGGCCUGUGCGAUGCCCGCUUUCAAAGAAGCCACUUUUGAUGUUCGCAGGGGAGGCUCUCGUGAACGCGUGCACUCAAGGAGCGCGAGAUUCUGGACUCCGUGCAGCAUCUUCCAUCAUUCAGCACUACACUACAUCUAAAUUGUAACAGCGACGAGCCGCUAUAACGUUGUUGAGGACAGCUUUGGUGCAUGUAUUGUGUUUGUCAUAAAGUCCUUUAUCAAAUAAGACGACAUAUACAGUUCAUGAAUCCAAUAUAUGUUAAUAAUUAGCAUCUGGUACAGAUAUAAAGAGCAUUUAAACACGUGGUGUAAUAAGAUGCGUUUGAUUAAUGUACAUACAAUUACUAGUACUUCACGUAGCGUUUGUUUCGAAAACACAAUGAAUACUAUGUUAUUGUGUGACUGAACAAAUUGUGUUUAUUGUUUGAUAUGCGUAACAUAAGAAAAUAUACAAUGAGAUAUCGAUGAGCUGAAAAUUAA